CACCUUCUCCUUUAUUCGCUCUUAUCUAUCUGCUCCUUAUGCUUCGUCCUUGUCUGUUUUGAGCGAUUUGGAGCUUGAUUAGGACGCUGUGCGAAACCAGCUCCCUUGGCGACUCUGUCGCCGUUGUCGUUAUUGUUCGCCAUUGUCGCCAUCGCCAUGGCUGGCUCGUGGCAGUCCGUGUCGCACCACCUCGCCGCAUCCUCCGCUGUCGUAAAGCGGCUCGCUGUUACUUCGCUGUCAACUAACGCCAGUCUAAAUACGACCUUCCCCAGUAGAUCACUAUCCGCGCGCUCCCUUCCUUCCCUCUCCAGCUCCGCGCGCUCCCCCUUCCAACGUGGCGCGACUUUAUUCGUGCCACGGGCCAUCCCCUGCCACGUGGACAGCUGGCAAACCCCCUCUUUGGCCAAAUCUAUCACCACUGCUUCCGCAAGCGACGGCGGCAGCGGCGGCGGCGGAACCGGAGGGGGGAGGGGGGGCCACAGUGAGAGCAGCACCAGCAGCAGACAGCCCUCUAGUAGCAGCUCUCCCGUUAGUGGCGGCCCCGUUAGAGGCAGACCCGCCGUUCCGCUCCUUGUAUUCUCCCCGGCCGGCCAGCUCUCGCUCACCACGCAGCGACCCCCCCUUGAACCCGCUUCCCCUUCCCCUUCCCCUUCCCCUUCCCCUUCCCCGUCCGCCACCCCCGCUUCUUCCGCCAAGUCUCCCGCGGGCUCCCCUAAAAAGAGCAGCGCCUCCACCAGCAGCGGCGCAAGCAGCAGGCCAAGCGCGCGGGAGAAACCCGCGGGACCGACCUCCGCUCCGCGCUACUCCAAGGCCGCGCGGCGAUUUUUCAACGAGCGCUUCCGCAGCGCGGAGCGGGAAGCGGCGCAGCGCGGGCAGCGGCUGAGUAAAGUCCUCGCCGCCGCGGGAAUCGCCUCCAGGCGCGCGUGCGAAGACAUAAUUUUCGCCGGGCGGGUUACCGUAAACGGCAGCAAGUGUAUAGUACCGCAAACAGCCGUCGAUCCCAUGAAAGAUUCGAUCUACGUGGAUGGGAAAUCGCUCCCGCGAAAGGCGCCGCCGCGGCUCUAUUUCAUGGUGAAUAAACCCAAGGGGUUUAUCUGCUCCAAUCCGCCCCAGCAGGAAGUUUCCUCGUCGCGUUCCUUCUCCCCUCAAUCGCCUAACCCCUCCAGUCGCGACGGUAGGAAUAGCGCCAAAGGAAGAGCAGCCAGGGUUGAGGGUUCAAGGUUUAAUGCCGAUUCGAGCGAUAGCGGCAGCGGCGCCGGUAUUGGCGGUAGUGAGAAGACGGCGAUUAGUUUAGUGGAGGAGUAUUUGAAGGUGUGGGAGAAGCGGAAUGCGGGCAUCCCCAGGCCGAGGCUGUUCACUGUGGGGCGGCUGGACGUGCAGACGACAGGGCUGCUGCUGGUUACCAACGACGGGAAUUUCGCGCAGCAGAUCGCUCAUCCCUCUGCUGGCCUGACGAAAGAGUACGUUCUCACAGUUCAGGGACCAAUCACCAAGCGCCAGCUGGCGACCAUGGCAGCAGGGACGGACGUGGAUGGGGUUCACUGCGCCCCUGUUGCCCUAGACCUUGUAACGGAUAGUGAAGGAGGAAGUGGGGGAGGGGGAGGGGGGGUGGGGAAGGGGAGAGAAAGGGUGCGGGUGGUUGUGGCGGAGGGGAGGAAUCGGGAAGUUCGGCGGCUUGCCGAGGCAGCUGGUUUGGAGGUGCUUGGUUUGAAGCGGGUUCGGAUUGGGUCGUUGCGGUUGCCUAGGGACCUGGGAGUGGGGAAGUACAAGGCGUUGAAACCGGUUGAAGUGGAAAGACUGCUGAGGGAGAAGAUGUGAGGAGAUGGCGACAGGGAGCCUGCCUGCGUGUAAUGUCAAGGGGCAUGGGAGUGGGGAAGUACGGUACUACAAGGCGUUGAAACCGGGUGAAGUGGAAAGGCUGCUCAAGGAGAUGGAUGAAAGUGGGCGCUUCCCUAAACUGCCAAAUGCAGUUGUUGCUUGUUCUAUUGAUAUAUAGGUAAUAAAACAGCCAGUUAUGUAUAGUGUGAGAAAGUAACUCGGAGUUGAA